GGUGGAGGUUGGAGGAGGUGCUGGCGGGGAACGGGAGCUAGAUGAGUUCCUGUCAGGUACUCAGGUACUAUUUCUAUCAGGUUGAUAUGUCAGACCUCUCCCCAGAGGAGCAGUGGAGGGUUGAGCACGCACGCAUGCAUGCCAAGCACCGCGGCCAUGAAGCCAUGCAUGCUGAAAUGGUCCUCAUCCUCAUCGCUACUUUGGUGGUGGCCCAGCUGCUCCUGGUGCAGUGGAAACAGAGGCACCCCCGCUCCUACAAUAUGGUGACCCUCUUUCAGAUGUGGGUUGUUCCCCUCUAUUUCACAGUGAAGCUGCAUUGGUGGAGGUUCCUAGUGAUCUGGAUCUUGUUCUCUGCUGUCACAGCUUUUGUCACCUUCCGAGCCACCCGAAAACCACUAGUACAGACAACCCCAAGGUUGGUUUAUAAGUGGUUCCUGUUGAUCUAUAAAAUCAGCUAUGCCACUGGCAUUGUUGGCUACAUGGCUGUCAUGUUUACCCUCUUUGGUCUCAAUUUAUUAUUCAAGAUCAAACCAGAAGACGCCAUGGACUUUGGCAUUUCUCUCCUCUUUUAUGGCCUCUAUUAUGGAGUUCUUGAGCGAGACUUUGCAGAAAUGUGUGCAGACUACAUGGCAUCUACCAUAGGGUUCUACAGCGAGUCGGGCAUGCCUACCAAACACCUCUCGGACAGUGUGUGUGCCGUGUGUGGGCAGCAGAUCUUUGUGGAUGUCAGUGAAGAGGGCAUCAUCGAGAACACAUAUAGGCUGUCUUGCAAUCACGUAUUCCACGAGUUCUGCAUCCGUGGCUGGUGCAUCGUGGGAAAGAAGCAGACGUGUCCCUACUGCAAAGAGAAGGUAGACCUCAAGAGGAUGUUCAGCAACCCCUGGGAGAGGCCUCACGUCAUGUAUGGGCAACUGCUGGAUUGGCUUCGGUACUUGGUAGCCUGGCAGCCUGUCAUCAUUGGCCUGGUGCAAGGCAUCAACUACAUCCUGGGCCUGGAAUAGCCAGGAAGAAGAGCAUCUGCCCGCUACGGACCUCAGGGCACUCUCCUCCCUGCCCUCCAAGACUUCCUGGGUGGGAAGGACUCAAAAGGGACCCUUGGGCCACUCAGGACCCCUCCGGCUGUGCCCGGGCUGGGGAGGGAGAUGAUGGAGAGCCAGCCAGUGGGGCUGUCAGCAGUGGGGGCUUUUUAAAAGAAAACUAUUUUGAUGACUAUAUUUAAAAACCUUUUUUAUUGUGAAGCAUAGGAAUUGCCCCAACUCCUCCAGGCCUCGCCCUCCUUGCUUGAGCACGGCAGGAGCAGAGCCACAUUUUUGGUUUAAAGGAGCCUUCUCAUCUCUGGCUGAGAGCCUCAGCCUCCCUGCCCGCCACCCCCCCAGCCCUUCCUUCCCUCUGUGGGGCUCCAGCCUGCUUCACUCCGUGUGGGAGAGGUCAUGGGCUCUGCCUCGUACCACAGAUGCACGCUGCGGGAGGGGGAGGUGCCUUCCUUCUUCCCUGUCUGGGCCCCGCAGUCGGUGUUGUGUCCGAUUCUGUCUUCCCUUGUCCAGGACCCGUAGACUGGUUUAGGCAAGUGGAACCUUGUCCUGACUUUUCCAGGGAGGGAAGCCCUGGGAUCUCACAGUUCACUGAGGAUUUGUUUGGGGGCAGCAGCUUGGGUAACCUGCCCCCAGCCAAGAACAGAGUCUGUCUGUGUGUAGUUGGGCCAUGGGGACUAUUAUUGGCAGCAGUGAUUGAAGGCGUCUUGUGCAAUCUGACCCUUUAGCCUGGAAGUGGUGACACGCGCCAAAAGCCACUCUGCCACAUCACUUCCUUCCUGGAAAGCGUGCGUGAGAGUGUGUGUGUGUGUCUGUUUGUGUGCCGCAGUAGAGCUAUGACAGAUAGGACUUCUCCCUGUCAUCAGUGUUCCCUUGAAGCUGCCAGGGGAUUCCCAGCCCAGGGAAUAGCCCUCUGUCAACUUCCACAUUUGUGGGUCCUGCCUGGGCCUGGCAGCAGGGGUGGUGGUGGGUGGGAAGAGAAGAGGGCAAGGCCCAGGCAAGUGUGGGUUCUAAAAAGAGGUUCCAGGUAGGCCCCAGCCCUGGCCCUAGGAGUUUUGAAGGAAGUGGGAGGGCAAACAUGGGCCUCCAGCACUGGGUUCCUAGGGAAUGUGGCCCAGCUGGGCCUGCCCUUCAAGCACAGCAAGAGCCAAGCAGGAUCUUGUCACUCCAUUCUGAAUAAAGCUCCAUGAGCUGGGUUGGAAAGCUGAACAUCCAUCUUGCUUUAUUCUUCCCUGGGGUCCCUGGGAGUGCCUUGCCUUUGGUGCCUUUUGCUGUUCCCAUUUGAGAGCUGGAUCCUAGGGGUGGCUGGCCCCUUACCUGUGGGAAUGGUGGGAUACCAGACUCCUGUCCUGUGGCCGAAGGGCUCUGGAGCAUCACUGGGUGACUCUCUCCUCACCACCUGAGGUGAAGUCUGUGCCCUGCCUGCUACCAACACACCUCCUGGGCCACCCUCGACUUUGGCUUUUCUCAUCCGGCUGUGGCUUCCCCUGGUCCCCCACUGGUCAUGUCAGUGGGCCCAUCCUCAGUGGAAUGGGGACCAGUUGAAGGGUCCAGGGAUCAUCCUUUCACUCUUGUCCCCCCUACACGUCAGGCUCAUGUGAGAAGCCGAGACCAGGCUGUCCAAGGCUCUCUUUUCAUACUUCAGCAAGUCUGGGUCCCUUGUCCUCCCCAUAGCCCGACUCUUACCUUGGUUCCACUCCAAGGUGGAGUCCUCUCUCCUCUCCCUCCCAUUCCCCAAUGCCAUCCCCAAAAGACUGUGUCUCAGAAGCCCCAAGCAGCCUUGCCUCCUGACCUAACAGCUGGAGAUACUGGCGUUCCCAGGGAGGAGUUUCGUGAUGCAUCCUCCAAACCGAGCUCCAUCUCCUGGCUUCCCUGGCUCUGUCCCCAGCAUCCCAUCCCCCUGAUCAGAGACCACAAACCUCAGACACUUGGCUCUUGUCCUUCAUGCUUGAUCUGUGUGUGGACUGGGUCACCUGUCCUGGUCUUUCUGCUUCCACAGACACUGGCACGACUCCGAUCAUG